UGAGCUGGGGUCCAUGUUGAGGUUGAGCUCCAGACGACACAACACUUUGAAGACCUUUGCUGGUACCGCACUUUUGGCUCUCCGCCUGGUUCUGACCUGCCGGGUGCUGCCGGGGACAUUCGGAUCCGUGGCCGCCUGCCCACUCAGUCAGUUCCUGUUGGGUUCUUCUUCUUCUUUGAAUGGAGCUGCUGUCCUGAAGAGGCUGGCUGAGGUUUUCAUGAGGUUGAGCAGCACUGAGGUGAGCUCCCGUCUGGUCCACUCUGACAAGAAGAACCUCUCCUCAGCUGAGCAGUUAAAUCGGGCAGCACCGAGCCCUGUGAAGAUGUACGGCCUGUACUUGGAGGCGGUCAACGACUACAUCAACGAGUCCUACGGCGAGGACGUGUGGCGGCUGAUUGAGAACCGAGCCGAGAUCCCUCACCUGAAGUUUGUCAGGCAUCAGAUGUACAAUGACAACCUGAUCCUGCGUCUAGCGAAGGCCGCGGGUGAAGUGUUGGGAAAAACCCACGAUGAGCUGAUGUACGCCUUCGGAGUCUACAUGGUGAAGAGGAUCGGGAACUACGGCUAUGAGCGGAUCCUGAAGGUUUUGGGACGAAACGUCCGCGACUUCAUCAACGAACUGGACAACCUGCACGAGUACUUCCGCUUCUCCUUCCCCAAAGUUCAGCCGCCGAGCUUCUGCGUGGAGGAGGAGUGCGAGACCAGCCUGACGCUGCACUACCGCAGCACCCGCAAAGGCUUCACGCAGUUUGUCAAAGGCCAACUCUCCCAGGUGGGCCGCCAGUUCUACAACACAGAUAUCGAAGUGGAGAUCUUAUCCAAAGAGGAGACAGAAAAGAUGACAUACGUGGUCUAUAAGAUGAACUUUGACAAUGCUGCCUUCAAGCACCGCAUGCCCCAGCAAAAGACGGCACCAAGUUAUGAGAAGCUUCCCAUGAAGCGAGGUAUCUUUUUUGACAUGUUCCCCUUCAGCGUCAUCUUCCGGCGCAACAUGACCAUGUACCGCGUUGGCGACGGCCUCAAAGAGGUCUUCUCUGACCUCCAGGGCAAGAAGGUCAACGAGGAGUUCACUCUGGUCAGGCCGAUGCUGGAGUUCAGUUGGGACAACAUCUACACCCACCUGAACAACGUCUUUGAGCUGAUGUCUGAAGCAGUGGUGGAGAGCAAACAAAAAGUCAACAUUCCUAAACUGAACAAAGAGGAACCCGAAGAAAAAGAGGAGAGCGAGAAAGCAAAAAGGGAAGAAGAAAGAGAAAAAAAGUCAGUCGAGGAGAUAAAGGGCACAGACCAGGAGUACAGUAGCACUCUGACUCAGUACAACAGUUCUGCUAACUCUGGAGGCGAAGACAUCGAGCUGCUGGCUUUCCAGACUGUCACAGGCAAAUGCAGUGAAACCAUCUUCGAAGACAUGCGGGAGCCCCCUAAAAAGCCUCUCCACCUGAAAGGCCAAAUGAAGUAUGUCCCCCAGUGGGACUCUCUCAUCUUCCUGGGGACGCCCAUCAUUGAGACAGUGGAGGACAUGAUCAAGAUGGGCGUCUACGUCAACGAUUUGAAUCUACACGACUCCAGCAGAGAGCUGAUCCUGGCUGGGACGCAGCAGUCAGCUGAGCUGCAGCUGGCCCUGGACCAGGAACAACAAAAGUACGCUCAGCUGCAGGAAAUCAUAAAGAAGCUGGAUGAAGAGAAGAAGAGAGGCGACUCCUUGCUGUACGCCAUGAUCCCUAAGGCUGUAGCCGACCGCCUCAGGAAGGGAAUCACAGCUCUGGAAACAUGUCAGGUCUUCCCCGAUGUGACCAUCCUGUUCAGCGAUGUGGUCAAGUUCAAUGAGAUCUGCAUCCACAUCACGCCCAUGCAGGUGGUGGACAUGCUCAACGAGAUCUACAUUGUCUUUGACACGCUCAGCGAGAAGCACAACGUUUACAAGGUGGAGACGAUUCGUGACGCCUACAUGGUGGUGGCAGGCGUUCCCAACAAGACCACGUUCCAUGCCCAUCACAUCUGUGAUAUGGCCUUGGACAUGCUGAGCUCAAUCGACCACUUGAAGGACCCGUCCACCGGGGACAAUAUUCAGAUCAGAGUGGGGGUCCACUCGGGAAUGGUGGUGGCCGGCGUGGUGGGUCUGAAGAUGCCUCGCUAUUGUCUCUUUGGAGACACCGUGAACACGGCCUCCAGGAUGGAAAGCAAUGGCGUGGGCAUGCAGAUACACAUCAGUCAGACCACCAAAGACCACCUGGAACACGAGCCCUACAGUAUAGAGGAGAGGGGCAAAAUCUUUGUCAAGGGUAAAGGCUACAUGAAGACUUACUGGCUGAAGGGAAAGAAGACUCCAGCUGAGCUGCGUUACAUAAGCGAGCAGAAGGACUUAGAGGACAAAAGUUCAAAUGGCUCCACCAGCACCUGUGCCAAGCGCAGCGACUCCUGUGUCCUCACCAGUGGCGGCGAGGAGCAAGCGGAGGGCAAGACCAGCCCCGGUGACCUCCCUCCGGAUGCCGUGCCACUGCCGGAGGUCGCCACCGAGCCACUCAACACUUCGGACGAGCUUCAGGAAAAAGAGAAAUCCAAAAAGACUAAGAACAACAAAGGAGCCAAGCUGGACGCGGUCCAGGGAAACCCCAUGUCUGAGUUGAUGCCGCCCACCGAUGAGCUGGAGAACCUGGGAGCGUUUCUACAAAACAAGAGGAACAGCUUCAGGCAGCAGUACGCCAAGCUGCCCACCAACUUGCCCAUAAGGAGCGCCUCCUGCACCCUCCUGUGAACCCCCACCAUUACCACCAUGACGUUGACAUCAUGUCAUGACAAAAUGACAUAGCAUCACAACAUCAUGACCCAAGGCACUAUGACGUCAUGAUGUUGUGGUGCCAUGACAUCACAAUAGCGUGGCGCCAUGACAACACAACAUUAUAAUGGUGUGGCGCAACGUAAAUAUAACAUCAGAAUGGUGUGGUGUCAUUAAGUUGUGAUGGUGUGGCGCCAUGACGUCAUGGGAUAAUAAAGGUGUGACGCCAUGACAUCACAAUAGCGUGGCAACCUGACAUCAUAAUGACGCGGCAUCAUGAUUUUGUGACAUAACGAUGUCAUGACAUUAUGACACCAUAAUGGCGUGGUUCCAUCCAUCCAUCCAUCCAUCUAUCCAUUUUCUACCGCUUGUCCUUUGACAUCAUAAUGGUGUGGCACCGUGACAUCACAAUGGCAUGGCAUCAUUACAUCAGAAUGGUGUGGCGCCAUGACAUCAUAAUGACGCGGCAACAGGAUUUUGUGACAUAACGAUGUCAUGACAUUAUGACACCAGAAUGGCAUGGUUCCUUGACAUCAUAAUGGUGUGUCACCAUGACAUCACAAUGGCGUGGCAUCAUUACAUCAUAAUGGCGUGGCGCCAUGACAUCAUAAUGACGUGGUAUCAUGACAUCAUAAUGACGCGGCAUCAUGAUUUCGUGACAUAACAAUGUCAUGACAUUAUGACACCAUAAUGGCGUGGUUCCAUCCAUCCAUCCAUCCAUCUAUCCAUUUUCUACCGCUUGUCCUUUGACAUCAUAAUGGUGUGGCACCGUGACAUCACAAUGGCGUGGCAUCAUUACAUCAUAAUGGUGUGGCGCCAUGACAUCAUAAUGACGCGGCAUCAUGAUUUUGUGACAUAACAAUGUCAUGACAUUAUGACACCAUAAUGGCGUGGUUCCAUCCAUCCAUCUAUCCAUUUUCUACCGCUUGUCCUUUGACAUCAUAAUGGUGUGGCACCGUGACAUCACAAUGGCGUGGCAACAUUACAUCAUAAUGGCGUGGCGCCAUGACAUCAUAAUGACGCGGCAUCAUGAUUUUGUCACAUAACAAUGUCAUGACAUUAUGACACCAUAAUGGCGUGGUGGUUCCAUCCAUCCAUCCAUCUAUCCAUUUUCUACCGCUUGUCCUUUGACAUCAUAAUGGUGUGGCACCGUGACAUCACAAUGGCGUGGCGCCAUGACAUCAUAAUGGCGUGGCAUCCUUACUUUGUGACAUUAUAACGGUGUCAUGACAUUAUGACAUCAUAAUGGCGUGGUUCCUCGACAUCAUAAUGGUGUGGCAUCAUGACAUUAUGACACCAUAAUGGCGUGGUUCCAUCCAUCCAUUUUCUACCGCUUGUCCUUUGACAUCAUAAUGGCGUGGCAUCAUUACAUCAUAAUGGUGUGGCGCCAUGACAUCAUAAUAAUGCGGCAUGAUCAUUUUGUGACAUCAUAACGAUGUCAUGAAGUGAAGUGAAUUAUAUUUAUAUAGCGCUUUUUCUCUAGUGACUCAAAGCGCUUUACAUAGUGAAACCCAAUAUCUAAGUUAGAUUUAAACCAGUGUGGGUGGCACUGGGAGCAGGUGGGUAAAGUGUCUUGCCCAAGGACACAACGGCAGUGACUAGGAUGGCGGAAGCGGGGAUCGAACCUGCAACCCUCAAGUUGCUGGCACGGCCACUCUACCAACCGAGCUAUACCGCCCCACAUGACAUUAUGACACCAUAAUGGCAUGGUUCCUUGACAUCAUAAUGGUGUUGCACCGUGACAUCAUAAUGACGCGGCAUCAUGAUUUUGUGACAUCAUAACGAUGUCAUGACAUUAUGACACCAUGAUGGCGUGGUUCCUUGACAUCAUAAUGGUGUGGCACCGUGACACCACAAUGGCGUGGCAUCAAUACAUCAUAAUGGCGUGGCGCCGUGACAUCAUAAUGGCGUGGCAUCAUCACUUUGUGACAUUAUAACUGUGUCAUGACAUUAUGACACCAUGAUGGCGUGGUUCCUCGACAUCAUAAUGGUGUGGCAUCAUGACAUCAUAAUGGCGUGGUUCCAUCCAUCUAUCCAUUUUCUACCGCUUGUCCUUUGACAUCAUAAUGGUGUGGCACCGUGACAUCACAAUGGCGUGGCAUCAUUACAUCAGAAUGGUGUGGUGCCAUGACAUCAUAAUGAAGCGGCAUCAUGAUUCUGUGACAUCAUAACGAUGUCAUGACAUUAUGACACCAUAAUGGCAUGGUUCCUUGACAUCAUAAUGGUGUGGCACCGUGACACCACAAUGGCGUGGCAUCAUUACAUCAUAAUGGCGAGGCGCCGUGACAUCAUAAUGGCGUGGCAUCAUCACUUUGUGACAUAACGGUGUCAUGACAUUAUGACACCAUGAUGGCGUGGUUCCUCGACAUCAUAUAGGUGUGGCAUCAUGACAUUAUGACACCAUAAUGGCGUGGUUCCAUCCAUCCAUCCAUCAAUUUUCUACCGCUUGUCCCUUGACAUCAUAAAGGUGUGGCACCGUGACAUCAUCAUGACGUUGCAUCAACACUUUGUGACAUCAUAACGAUGUCAUGACGUCAUGACAAUACAAUGGCAUGGUGCCUUGACAUCAUAACGAUGUGGCAUCAUGACAUUAUGACAUCAUAAUAGUGUGGCGCCAUGACAUUCUAGUGGUGUGGCGCCAUGAUAUUAUGACACAAUAGUGGUGUGGUGCCUUGAGAUCAGAAUGGUGUGGCAUCAUAACCUCAUAAUGGCCUGGCAUCAUGACUUUGUCAUAACAAUGUCAUGACAUUAUGACACCUUAAGGGCAUGGUACCUUGACAUCAUAAUGGUGUGGAAUCAUGGCUUCGGGACAUAACGGCGUGGCGCCAUGACAUUAUGAUACCAUAAUGGUGUGGUGCCUUUAGAUAAUAACGGUGUGGCGCCAUGAUAUCAUGACAACAUAAUGGACACAUAUCGGACAACAACAUGACAACCAUUUUGAACCGUGCACAAAAACACAAACUUAUUUCUAGCGUCCCUGAUGCUUUUUGUUUUUUAAGAUUGGAAUUUUCACCUGGGAGAUGAUGACAACAAACGACAGAAUAUUUGGGCAAUAAACACUUUUUAUAUUGUACGAGUAUAGACAUCUUCUGUUUUAUUGAAAGUAGACAUAUUGUUCAUGGUCCAGCGAGUUAUUAAGUAGGAUGACUUGUACGCCUGCAUGUAAGAUAGUGUGUAUUUAUAUAAAGAUGGAUGUACAGCCUUUA